CUCUAUCAUGGCAUUGUCAUUUUUUACAUCCCCUCCACGUUUUGUCCAUGUCUUGUCUUCCAGCAAAAAUCAGCACUGGUCUUGAAGCCAGGUUGGCCGCGUGCGAAAACACGAUUUUGUCCACGUCUGGCAUUGCACCUGGUUAUCUUCAAGCAAAUUUAAUAGUUCUUCCUUCACGAUUCGCAGCGGACUUUCGUCUUCUUUGCUUUCGCAACCCUGUACCUUGUCCUCUUCUGGCAGAAUCUGCAAGCGUUGGCAACCACUCAUACUUGAAAUCGUGGAUGAAGGAUAUUGCCGAUGAUAAGGUUGCGCAUUGCAUUGACAUCAGAACAGACGCGCCUAGAUAUAUGGUUUACAGAGAUGGGAAGCUACUCAAGGCGAAAUGUAAAGAUCUUACAGAGGAAUGGACCGAAGAUCACGUUGCAUUCUUGAUUGGCUGUUCAUAUAGCUUCGAGACCGCGCUCGCAGCCGCAGGAUUACUUCCGAACCAUACAGUGUGGGGCCGAGUUGUUCCAAUGUACCGCACAAACCUCCCGCUUUGUCCAGCCGGCGUUUUCACUGGAAGUACAUAUACUGUCUCAAUGAGACUAUACAAAAAAAGUGACGUUGAGAAAGUAAGGGGUAUAACAAGGCCAUACGUGGCAACUCAUGGAGAGCCGAUUGCCUGGGGCUGGGAAGCUGUCAGGGUUCUGGGAGUAUCUAAUAUCAAUAGGCCAGACUGGGGAGAAACACCUUUUACCGCUGAAGGUAAGGCUUUGGAAAUUGGAGAUAAGGAGAAUGUGCCUGUUUUCUGGGGUUGUGGUGUGACGCCUCAAGAGGCUGUCAUGAGAGCGAGUUUGCCCGGUGUUGUUAUGGGUCAUGCUCCGGGCCAUAUGAUUGUGUUAGAUGUAAAGGAAAACCAAGUCAUAGAGCACACUUGAAAAAUAAAUCACUUUCCUAUAUGAAA